AUGGCGAGGUCGCUUGUAAACAAUGAAGUUUUAUAUUUUCUUGAAAAUAAUUUGAGUUUAAGUGAAAAUGACUCGUUUGUAAAUAACAUUGUUGAAUUUUACAGUUUUGAGGAUAUUGAUAAUGCUAUUAAAGCUCUGAAAAACGAAUUAGUUAAUUUGAAAAUUGAAAAAAUUGAAAAGUUUCAGCCUCGCGGGAAUAGGAAAAUAGAGAAAUUGUUUGAAUGUAUUUUCAUAAUGAAAUAUUUAAAGGAGAAUAAAUAUUGGGAAAAGUGCUCUAUAUUUGUGAGUUCUAACUUAAAUAAAGCUCCAAACGUCGAAAUCAAUAAACCACUAUGGUCGGAUGCAUAUGACAGUCCAAUUAGCGAUGAUGUUCAGCCAUUCUUGCUUGUUUAUAAACGAAAGAAAUCUCAACAGCUCAGCAACAACUCAAAAGCAGACAACAAACCAAAAUUAUCAACCAACAAGGUAGCUGACUCUAAGACAGUUGAGAAAAAACCAGUUAGAAUUAUUGGACAAAAAAUUCUAGAUAACGGUAAAUUAAAGGCAGACAAAGAGUUAAUUAAAAAAUCUGUUUUCUGUCUAAGCAACAUUAGCAAAUGCCUCAGAAAUGAUGUCGUAGAAUAUCUGACUACUAACGGAAUUAGAGUUUUAUCAUGCUAUCCAGUCGUUAAACAGUUUAAGAAAAAAUCGACAGCAUCUGAAAAUAGUAUUGAUAACAACACAGUCAACUAUUCUGAUGAUAAAACUAAAGAUGAUAUAGAGUCCUCUAUGUUCAGAGUUUGCAUUGAUAGAAAUGACGUUAAAAAAAUAAAGAACCCAGCGAUAUUGCCGCAACACAUUAUAGUGCGCGAGUGGCAAUUAAAUAAAAAAGCUGAAGUUACUGUUGAAAAAACAAAGAAAGAUGGAUAA